AUGCUUGUAGGAUCAAGCUUUGGUUCUUGGAAGACUUGUCUCAGAGGAAAGGACCAAAACUUCAGAUCAACUUACACUUUCUCCAUCAACUCUGGUUUCUUAGCCCAGGAGUCCCUGCAGAGCCAGUCCGGUUGGGUGCCCCUCCUGCUGGCCCUGCUACACGAGUACACAGCCAGCAACUCCCACUGGCAGCCUUAUUUCUCCCUCUGGCAGGACUUCAGGAGCCUGGAUCACCCUAUGUUCUGGCCUGAAGAAGAGCGAACAAGGCUCCUGCAGGGCACAGGCAUCCCAGAUGCAGUGGACAAAGACCUGGCUAACAUCCACCUGGAGUACAGCUCCAUCAUCCUACCCUUCAUGGAGUCCCACCCCAACAUCUUUGACCCCAAGCUGCACACGCUGGAGUUGUACAAGCAGCUGGUGGCAUUUGUCAUGGCCUACAGCUUUCAGGAGCCUUUGGAGGAGGAAGAUGAAGAUGAGAAGGGGCCCAAUCCUCCAAUGAUGGUGCCUGUAGCAGAUAUUUUGAAUCAUGUGGCCAACCACAACGCCAACCUGGAAUACUCUCCUCAAUGUUUACGAAUGGUUACAACACAGCCUGUCAGCAAAGGACAAGAGAUCUUCAACACAUAUGGGCAGAUGGCCAACUGGCAGCUCCUACACAUGUAUGGCUUCGCGGAGCCGUACCCUGGCAACACCAACGACACAGCUGACAUCCAGAUGGUGACAGUACGCAAGGCAGCACUGCAGCGUGCCAAAAGUGAAGCACAGCAGCAGCUGGUCUCAGAGCAGUGGGACUUCUUGUGCCAGCUGGAGAUGGUGGGGGAGGAAGGUGCCUUUGUGCUUGGCUGGGAUGAGGUGCUAACAGAGGAAGAGCUGUCCAUGACCCUAAAGGUGCUGUGCAUGUCAGAAGAAGAAUUCAAGGAGUAUAAGGAACAAGAUGGCUGGGAAGAUGACAGCAAUGAAGAGGAAAAUUCUACCCUCUCUAACGAGGCUCUCUCCAGACUUAAAACCCCUUGCAAGAAGCUCCUUUAUGACAGUGUGCUGCUGACCCUGGCAUCCUACAGGUCAGACUUGAAAGCGGAGCAGGACUUGCUAAAUAACAAGGCAGCUUACAAGAAACUGAGUCAAAGGGAGCAGCAAGCUUUGCAUGUGCGCUAUGGACAGAAAAGGAUCUUGCACCAGCUGCUAGAGCUGGUACACUAGAAGCCUUGCUGCCUCUGGAAGUGAACUGCUUGGAACUGUGCUUAGGAAGGGAAGGUCAGCCUUUGGCCAUCUCUUCUACAGCAGUGAGAACAGAUGUCAAGAUUAAAUAUGGGUCCACUUGUCCCUCAAAUGGCAUGUGGCUUUUUAGCUACCUCAAUAUAAACAAACAAAUCUUGCAUAGCAUAGAA